AUGCAGGUUCGACGAACAGUGCGCUUAACCUUAGACAGAGUUGUGUGCCCUUGUUGUUCGCCUAAACCUCGCAAACUUCUCAUGCGUUGUACCUGCUGCGGUCUCAUAGACCCUCAAUACAAGGACACAGCCCCAGUGACCAAGAACAGUAUUCCAAUGCAACCAUCAUCCCAGCAUAGGAAGAACGACGAGGCGACUCCACAGCAAUGUGGCUGUGCUCGAAAUAGUUGCAGAGCGGUGAAAUUCGAUUUCCCUGUUGAAUCAUCCCACAAACCUUCUGACUGGAUUCAGAUCUACGACAAUAAAGGCGCAUUGGAUCAGUCUCCCCAUCCAACAAUACGACAAAAUAACUUCUCCCAGAAAUAUCAAAAUUUGGAUCACGGUAAUUGUACAACAGCUGCUGUAUUAGUAGCAUCUCCCAGAACAACAAAUAGUCAAGACGAGAACGUAAGAUUACGCCGAUCUUCGCGCUACCAAACCCAAGCAGCUCAUAGCAACGACAUUCCGAUGUCAAUUCUUCCAUCAUACCGGCAGCGACGAAAAGGUCAAAAGGUGACCUUCUCCUCACAUUCCAAUAAUAAUCGUCGUAAUCGCAGAAGUAUAGAUACGGCUUUAUGCCAACAGCAUCCUCUUCCAGAAAGAUACCUCCGAGUUCGCGAAGUUGAAAUUGACGAAGAAACUGAGGGUGCGAAACAAAAUUCCUCCAAAUCUACAGAGGACGGAGACUUGAAUUCGGAGAUUGAUGCUUACAGUAGGUUUCUCUUUCCCUGUUGUUUCGUUGUCUUCAGCUGCGGCUAUUGGGGCUUCUAUCUCAUCAUCUCCGAUCCGAGUUUUGCGGAUACUUGA